AUGUUGAGAAGAAGUCUCCCUCUUUGCAAAAAGAAGAAGAGGAGGAGAAACGUUGUUCUCCCUUUGGAUCUAGUUAUCGAGAUUCUUAACCGAUUGCCUGCAAAAUCCGUAGCUAGGUUUCUUCUCGUCUCGAAAUCAUGGGGCAAAAUCAUAUGCAGCAAGAGUUUCAUCAGAUCGUUUCCUUUUCAAUCAUUGACUCAGCCUUUGAGUUUACUAAUAGCUUUCCAAUACCAAGGUCGUCACAAGAGCAACCUACACUGCUUCUUCUUUUCUUCUUCUUCUUCAUUGUCAUCGUCAUCAAUAUCAACCUCGUUUCUAUCCAGAAUAGGACGUCCCGCCUUAAGCCAUUAUCUAUCCUGGUACCCUAUUUAUUACGUUAAUGGUUUGACCAACACCGGUCGUAUCAUAAGUAACCCUUGCACGGGUAAGUCCAUAACUUUACCUAGGCUUGUCAAAACAGGCAAGGAACAAAGGCUAACUAGGCGGUUUUUCGGAUAUGAUCCUGUCAAUGAUCAGUACAAAUUAUUAUGCAUGUCACGCGGCCGGAAUCUUGGAGGACAAGCAACAACGCUUCCUUGGUAUAACGACUUUCAUGUAUUCACAUUGGGAGCUAAACCAUGGAGACGGAUAGGUUGUGGCAUUCCUCAUACCCCUGAGUCUAACGGUCUGUGUAUUGAUGGGUUUGUGUACUACAUUGCGCACACGGACAGAGGAAUGAGGCUAAUGAGAUUCAGUUUAAACUCUGAGGUGUUUGAUAUCUUUGCUAGCGUAUCUGAGGAACUUAGACCUUUGGUUAAUCAGGACAACGGUUCUAGAUUUCUAAUAAACUACCACGGCAAGGUAGCCACGGCCGUUCAACCUAUCAGCACUGUGGCUUUAGUUGAGUUGUUUGUUUUCGAAGAGGGGCUACAUGAUUUCAAAGAGAUGACUAUCCGUAAUCUUCCCCGGCUUAAUUUACGUAUGAAAGGUAUUAUUAAUCGUACCGGUGAUAUUAUGUUUGCACUUAAGUGUGACACAGCUGAUGCUUGUGCUUUCCGCUAUGAUCCCAAGGGAGGUAGUUUUACGAAGAUGGAGAUUGAAGUUGACACAAGCGAUAUGAUGGUAGUUAGUGAGUUUAAUCUUGCACCACAUUAUUUUGUGGGUUACGUUGAGAGUCUUAGAGCUUCUCAGCUGUCUGAGAAAAACUCAAAAUAUUUUAGUUAA